UUCCGAUGACCUGUCAAUUUGCAAUUACAAAGCAUAAAAUUUUGUGGAAACCGAAAAGACGAACAAAAUAAAGAAGGAAAAUUUGACAAAAAUAAUCGUUCGGAACAGAAAUUAUUGCGUUUGAUUCAAAAUGAAGAUGAAUAUAACGUCUGCGGCCGGGAUCAUCGCCCUGUUAGAUGAGCCCAUGCCCGAAUUGAAAAUAUUUGCACUGAGGAAACUGGACGCAAUUGUCGAUGAAUUCUGGCCGGAAAUUUCCGAGUCAAUUGAGAAAAUUGAAAUGUUGUACGAGGAUAAAGUAUUCGGCCAGCACGAAUUGGCAGCACUUGUUGCGUCGAAAGUCUUCUAUCACUUGGGUUCAUUCGAAGACGCUCUAACGUAUGCACUCGGUGCCAGCGAUUUGUUCGAUGUGAAUGGUCGCACCGAGUAUGUGGAAACCAUCAUUGCCAAAUGUAUCGACUUCUACAUCCAGCAGCGCGUUGCAGUCAUUGAAAAUCCAACCACAGCAAAACCAGUCGACGCCCGUCUUGAAGCCAUUGUCAAUCGAAUGAUUCAACGUUGUCUCGACGAUGGCCAAUAUCGACAGGCAUUGGGUAUUGCCUUGGAAACGCGGCGCAUGGACAUCUUCACCGAAUCGAUAAUGAAGUCCGAUGACUUGAAUGGAAUGCUGGCCUAUGCGUUUCAAGUGGCGAUGAGUCUGAUUCAAAAUCGUGGUUUUCGUAACGAAGUGCUGCGGUGUCUGGUGAAAUUGUAUCGAAAUUUGCUAGUGCCAGACUACGUCAAUAUGUGUCAGUGCUUAAUAUUCUUGGAGGAUCCGUUGGCAGUGGCUGAAAUUUUGGAUAAACUCACCACCGAAGGCAGCAUGAACGUUUUGAUGGGCUACCAGAUCGCAUUCGAUUUGUACGAGUCGGCGACCCAACAGUUUCUAACGCAAGUUCUGCAAGCACUUCGUUCAACAGCACCGAUUCCAUCGGCACUGCCCUCCAUAUACAAACCACAGGGACAAGACAAAAAAGCCGACGAUGUUGGAGUACCAAUACCAGCCACAGAUGCCCAGCCAGCCAAAACCGACGAAUCGGCCAGUCUGCUGGAAGACUCGAAAAUGGAGCGUUCGAUGGACAGUUUGAACACAUCGGAAAAGCAACACCAACAGAACAUUGAAAAAUUGGUCAACAUUUUGUCUGGCGAAGUGUCCAUCGAUUUGCAGUUACAGUUUUUGAUCCGGAGCAAUCAUGCCGAUUUGCAGGUGCUCCGUUCCACGAAAGAAGCGGUUCGUGUGUCAAUUUGCCAUACGGCUACUGUCAUUGCCAAUGCGUUCAUGCAUAGCGGCACGACAAGCGAUCAAUUCCUUCGGGAUAAUUUGGAAUGGUUGGCACGGGCCACAAAUUGGGCCAAAUUGACGGCAACGGCAUCGUUGGGUGUAAUCCAUCGUGGACACGAAAGUGACUCGUUAGCGUUGAUGCAGAGCUACUUACCGAAGGAAACCGGUCCAAGCUCUGGAUACUCCGAAGGUGGUGGCUUGUACGCCCUUGGCCUAAUACACGCGAAUCAUGGCGCCAACAUCAUCGACUACUUGUUGCAACAAUUGAAGGACACUCUAAAUGAGAACGUUCGUCACGGUGGUUGCCUCGGUUUGGGUUUGGCUGCGAUGGGAACUCAUCGACAAGAUUUGUACGAACAGUUGAAGUUCAAUUUGUACCAAGAUGAUGCCGUUACCGGUGAAGCAGCUGGCAUUGCCAUGGGAAUGGUUAUGCUUGGAUCGAAAAAUGCUCAAGCCAUCGAAGACAUGGUUUCGUACGCCCAGGAAACUCAACACGAGAAAAUUCUACGCGGUUUGGCGGUAGGCAUUGCUCUGACAAUGUAUGCUCGUUUAGAAGAAGCCGAUCCGUUGGUCACAAGCUUGUCGACCGACAAAGAUCCAGUGUUACGACGAUCCGGUAUGUACACCCUUGCUAUGGCUUAUUGUGGAACUGGUAGCAACAAAGCCAUCCGUACACUUUUGCACGUUGCUGUGUCCGAUGUCAACGACGAUGUACGUCGUGCUGCUGUUACAUCGAUUGGUUUCAUACUCUUCCGUACACCGGAACAAUGUCCGUCAGUCGUGUCACUGUUGGCUGAAUCAUAUAAUCCACAUGUUCGUUAUGGUGCAGCAAUGGCACUCGGUAUUGCAUGCGCAGGAACUGGUCAACGGGAAGCUAUUGCACUGCUAGAACCAAUGGUCAAAUUCGAUCCGGUAAAUUUCGUACGUCAAGGUGCCCUGAUUGCAUCGGCCCAGAUUUUGAUCCAACAAACUGAUCAGACGUGCCCGAAAACCACGUUCUUCCGUUCAUUGUACUCGGAGGUGAUCACGAACAAGCAUGAAGACGUUAUGGCUAAAUUUGGGGCAAUUUUGGCACAAGGUAUUAUUGACGCUGGCGGUCGAAAUGUUACCGUAAGUCUACAGUCUCGAACCGGUCACACAAAUCUUCAAGCUGUUGUCGGUAUGUUGAUUUUCACCCAAUAUUGGUACUGGUUCCCGUUGGCGCAUUGCUUGUCGUUGGCAUUCACGCCAACUUGCUUGAUUGGACUGAAUUCCGAUUUGAAAAUGCCGAAAGUCGAAUAUCGGUCAGCUGCUCGUCCAUCGCUGUAUGCGUAUCCAGCACCGUUGGAAGAGAAAAAAACCGAGGAACGUGAGAAAGUGGCCACCGCUGUUCUGUCCAUUGCUGCUAGGCAGAAGCGUCGUGAAACUGCUGACAAGAAAGACGAUGAUAAAAUGGAAGUGGACGAGGAUGUGAAGGAAGUAAUUAAAGAAGCAGAGGAAAAAAUCGCCGAUGUCGCCUCACCGACAACUGCUACAACUUCUGUCACAGCAUCUGUCAUCACACCAUCAAAGGCCGACAAAGAAGCGAAGGAUAAGAAAGACAAAAAAGACGAUAAAAAAAGCGCUGCGUCUACGCCGGUUGGAAAAGGGAAGGACGAAGAUGCCAGCAAGGAAGAGGAAAAGGAGUCACCGAAACCGGAGCGUAAGGAACCUGAAGCCACAUUUGAGAUCUUACAGAAUCCUGCACGCACUCUGCGUCAACAAUUGAAAGUGGUUAGUCUUGCCGAAGGCCAGGACUACAAACCGAUGAAAGACGUGACAAUUGGCGGUAUCGUAGUUUUGCAUCACUUGUCUGCAGGCGAAGAAACUCUGGUAGAACCAGUUGCCGCCUACGGUCCGAAGAGUGACGACGCGAAAGAAGAACCGGAAGCACCGGAACCAUUCGAAUACAUCGAAGAUUAGAGAUAAUGCCCGGUUUACAAUAUUGUGUUGUGGUUUGUGCUUUCUUACAUCAAAUUUGAAUAAAAUGUUUCAAUUUCAA